CCGAUGCACAUCUAACCGUCCUUUUAAAAAUGUGAUAGAAAUAUAAACCCGGAGAAUAUUUGGAUACGGUGGUCUUAUAAAGGAAUUGGGGUUCGCCGGAAAACCAAAACUCCGGUACAGGAAUGAAGAGGUGUGAGCUGUGCAGCAACUUUGCUCGGAUGUACUGCCAAUCGGAUAACGCAAGCCUCUGUUAUGAAUGCGAUCAAAACGUUCACUCAGCCAAUUUUCUAGUAGCCAAACACUCCCGAACUCUCCUCUGCCAUAAAUGUCAAUCUCCGACUCCCUGGAACGCUUCCGGCGUCAAUCUCGGUCGCACCGCCUCCGUAUGUGUUAACUGUCUUGAAGAAACUCCAUCUCAACGGAGACUGUUGCAGGGAGGGGAGACUAGUCACCGUGGAAACGAUGUCGUAGAGGAGAAUUGUGAUGUACAUGAUGAGGAUGAAGACGGAGAUACAGACGAUGACGAUACAGAAUCAAGCGAUGAGAGUGAAGAUGAGGAUGAGGAUGAAGAUGCAGAGAAUCAGGUGGUUCCGUUGUCGUCAGCCGCGUCGCCACCUGCUACCGGUUCUUCGAGCAGUGAGGAGUUUUCUUCGAGCAGACUCUCAUCUGAUGGUUUUAGAUCCACAUCUAAACGAGAACGCGUGGAUCCUUGUAUCGAUUCUGAGGACGAUACACCAUGUUCAUCGGAAAAAUCCAGCAGUAAAAGGAGGAGGGAGAUUGAUGACGCUAUUUCGUUAGGAUAUUUCAGGCCAUCAGACAGAAUUGGAGAUCCUGGUGAAGCAUAACAAAGGAGGAUCGGGAAUAGUUUAAUUAUCGAUCCAAGUUUGCUGGCAACGAUGAUGAUGACGAAUCUCCGUCGUCUUUUGGAGAUUAAAACUGAACGAUCGACACGAUUAUAGAUGUGUUUGCCUGAUUGGAUCUUCUUCUAUUGAUUCAAUUCAAGUUGAACAAAUCUCCAGUUUCACCAGCGCUCUUAAAUUUCUUACACUGCUUUCUUCGUACACAGUUUCAAGAAGAGGCCACUGGUUAUGAUCUUUUGAUGCCAUUUCUCCUAGAAAUCCAGUUGAAAUCUUGCUUUGUUAUUUUAUAUUAUAUUUGUAAGUUUUAUGAUUGAUGAUCUUUUCACCAAAAAGUUCUUAUACCCAACAAGUUGUAAGGGGUUGGCAUUAUUCAAUACAAUGGUUACAAAAAAAAAUUCAUCAAUUCAAA